UCUCAAGAAACACAACCCAAGAAAGCAAGAGAGUAAAAAACCUAAUAUAUAUAAUUUAAUUUAAGCUAAUUAUUGCGAGUACGUACGUAAGUGGUUCACUAUUACUUAAGUUAAUUUGAAGGAGCUAGCGCUACUAAGUACUGAUCAUGGGUCAUCACUCAUGCUGCAACCAGCAAAAGGUGAAGAGAGGGCUUUGGUCGCCGGAAGAAGAUGAGAAGCUUAUUCGAUAUAUCACAACUCAUGGCUAUGGAUGUUGGAGUGAAGUCCCUGAAAAAGCAGGGCUUCAAAGAUGUGGAAAAAGUUGUAGAUUGCGAUGGAUAAACUAUCUUCGGCCUGAUAUCAGAAGAGGAAGGUUCUCUCCUGAAGAGGAGAAAUUGAUCAUAAGCCUUCAUGGAGUUGUGGGAAACAGGUGGGCUCAUAUAGCUAGUCAUCUACCCGGGAGAACGGACAACGAGAUUAAAAACUAUUGGAAUUCAUGGAUCAAGAAAAAGAUACGAAAACCACACCACCACUACAAUCGUCAUCAACCGUCAAUAACUACAGUGACGUUGAACUUGGACGAUACAGCUAUUGCCACUACCACCAAUCCUGCAUCCACUGUUGAUAACCUACAUUUUGAUGGUUUCACAGAUUCUCCAAACCAGUUAAACUUCGCCAACAAUGAUCAAGAAAAUAAUAUAAAAAUUCAAGAAACAGCCCUUUUCUCCCAUAAAACUCCCCUCUUCAUGGUAGACACAGCACUUCCUAUCCUAGAAGGAAUGUUCUCCCAAAACACCAUCACAAACAAUAACAACAAGAGCAAUGAUCAUGCCACGCAAAGAGGAAGUGGAAACCUUUGCGAGCAAGCAUUUGUAACGACUAACACAGAAGAAUGGGAUAUGAAUCUCCCUCAACAAGAACAACGAGAGCCGUUUCAAGUUCCUACAAUGGCGUCCCAUUUGUUCAGUAACUCAACCAAUUCGAAUAUGGAGACAACUAUAAGUUAUAAUCUACCGGCGCUGAUAGAGGAUAAUAUGGACAACAUUGUCCCUAUUGAAAAUAGUAACGUCCAAGAUGGAUAUAUGGCAUCAACCUUUGAAUGUUUAAAGAGGCAAGACCUAAGCUAUGAUCAAUGGGUAGAUUCACAACAAUGCUCUAAUUUUUUCUUCUGGGACAGCCUUAACAUAAACGUGGAUGGUUCAUCAUCUCUUGUUGGAAACCAAGAUCCAUCAAUGACCUUGGGAUCAUCUGCCUUAUCUUCAUCAUUUCCAUCUUCAUUUUAAAUUAAUGUUUAUCGCAUCACAGAAAUUUAC